AUAAGAACAAAAUAUUAAAAAAGCAUUGUAAUUAACAGCUAACAUAGACCUACCGUUCAACUUCAUAGAUCAAUGAUCACUUUUUUGGUGUAGAAAAUCACAGAUCAGAAUUGAGUUUGAAGUUAAAUCCUCCUCCUUUCUCUAACAGAUAAAACUGAUAUGUGCUAAAAUUCAUAACAAAAUUGUGAUUUAUACGUUGUUAUAUAUCACAAUUUUGUAGAUUUCUUUGACUCAUGUCUCUACUGAAUCAACUCUUCAACAGGGGACUUCAAGGCUCAAAAUGCAAGACAUGCUUGACCUUGGCGAUUUCACGAAUCAAAUUAUUACAAAACAAGAGAGAUGCACAGCUCAAACUUAUGCGCAAAGAGAUAGCCCAAUUUCUGCAGGCUGGCCAGGAAGCCAUAGCUCGAAUCAGAGUUGAGCAUAUCAUACGUGAGCAAAAUGUAUGGGCUGCUUAUGAGAUUUUGGAGUUGUUCUGCGAGUUCGUUUAUGCUCGCGUGCCUAUACUCGAAAGCCAAAAAGAAUGUCCUUCGGAGUUACGGGAAGCUGUUGCAAGUAUAAUCUUUGCAGCUCCAAGAUGUUCAGAUUUGCCAGAUUUAUUGCAUGUCAGGAAUCUAUUUGCGGCCAAAUACGGAAAGGAAUUCAUAGCCGCCGCAUCUGAGCUUCGGCCUGAUACAAGUGUUAACCGUACAAUUGUUGAGAAACUUUCAGUCAGUGCUCCAUCAGCUGAAAUAAAGCUUAAUGUAUUAAAGGAAAUUGCAAGAGAGUACAAUGUGGAAUGGGAUUCUUCUAACACAGAAGAAGAAUUGCAUAAAAAGCCAGAGGACCUUUUGGUACUUUCCUUUGUUAAAUCUUCUAGUUGUAUGUAUGUCUUAAAUGUUUAGUCCUCCAUUAGAAGCUUGAUCAUUGUCUUAAUUAGGGGUAGGGUCCAUGGUCCAUCUCUAUUUUCUUCUGGAGUUCGCGACUUGCUUUUGCUUGUAUGUGAUGUUAAUGAUAUGUCUAACAUUUGUUAUGCACAAA